AUGGCAUCUAAUCUGCCAGCCCAGCCAAAUCUCCGCGUCACGAUCAUCGCUGCAGAUGGUCUUUACAAACGCGAUGUCUUCCGCUUCCCCGAUCCUUUCGCUGUAGCUACAGUCGGUGGUGAACAAACCCACACGACUUCUGUGAUCAAAAAGACCUUGAAUCCAUACUGGAAUGAACCAUUCGAUCUGAGAGUCAACGAGGAUAGUAUUCUUGCCAUUCAAAUUUUUGACCAGAAGAAAUUCAAGAAGAAGGACCAAGGUUUCCUCGGCGUCAUCAAUGUUCGAAUAGGAGAUGUUAUCGAUCUACAAAUGGGUGGUGAUGAAAUGCUCACUCGUGAUCUCAAGAAAUCCAACGACAACCUCGUUGUACAUGGAAAGCUGAUCAUUAAUUUGUCCACUAAUCUUACUGCCGCGCACCCUAAUCAGCAAAACGGCCUUCAACGCCAACAUGUACAACCUUCAACCUCAAGUGGCCUUACUCCACAAGUCGCCGCACCCUCAACACCGCAGUCUCAGGCCGGUCCCAGUCAUUCUGACGGACCUUCCGCUGCUGCGUCAAGUGUAUCACUUAACCAUCGAGCAUCCGUAAAUGCCUCAAUUCCGCCGCCGGCUGCCAACGGUGCCGCUCCUCCUUCGGCGAGUGCUGCAUCUCGCACCAACCUGAGCUCCUUUGAGGAUAGCCAUGGUCGAUUGCCUGCUGGUUGGGAACGACGGGAGGAUAAUCUGGGACGGACAUAUUACGUGGACCACAAUACACGAACCACAACAUGGUCUCGCCCUACAGCUAAUUACAAUGAGCAAUCCCAGCGUACUCAGCGCGAAGCGAACAUGCAGCUCGAGCGUCGGGCCCAUCAAAGUCGUAUGCUGCCUGAAGACCGUACUGGCGCCAGUUCUCCGAACUUGCCGGAUGCCGCCCAGCCACAAACACCGCCGCCAGGUCCUUCGGUACCGUCGGCAGGAGCUGUAUCCGGAGGCGCACCCGCCGCCCACGCUAACGCGGUUUCGAUGAUGGCAACUGGAGCUACCACUGCAGGCACUGGAGAGCUUCCACCAGGAUGGGAACAGCGGAAUACACCCGAAGGACGGUCUUACUUUGUGGACCACAACACACGCACGACCACAUGGGUUGAUCCCCGUCGUCAGCAGUACAUUCGCAUGUAUGGCCAAAAUCAGAACACUACCGGCGGGAAUAACACCACAAUUCAACAGCAGCCCGUCUCUCAGCUGGGUCCCCUACCCAGUGGAUGGGAGAUGCGUCUCACAAACACUGCUCGCGUGUAUUUCGUGGAUCACAAUACCAAGACUACAACAUGGGACGAUCCUCGGUUGCCCUCAUCUUUGGACCAGGGUGUUCCUCAGUACAAGCGUGACUUCCGUCGCAAGCUGAUCUACUUCCGGUCUCAGCCCGCUCUACGGAUCACGUCUGGACAGUGCCAUGUCAAGGUCCGCCGUAAUAAUAUCUUCGAAGAUUCUUAUGCCGAAAUUAUGCGACAGAGCGCUUCAGAUCUGAAGAAGCGCUUAAUGAUCAAGUUCGAUGGUGAGGACGGUCUGGACUAUGGCGGUCUCUCUCGUGAAUUUUUCUUCCUUCUUUCGCACGAAAUGUUCAACCCCUUCUAUUGUCUCUUUGAAUACUCCGCUCACGACAACUAUACCCUGCAAAUUAAUCCCCACUCUGGCGUCAACCCAGAGCAUCUCAACUACUUCAAGUUCAUCGGUCGAGUCGUUGGAUUGGCGAUUUUCCACCGUCGCUUCCUUGAUUCAUUCUUCAUUGGCGCUUUUUACAAGAUGAUGCUCCGCAAGAAGGUCACCCUUCAAGAUAUGGAGGGUGUUGAUGAGGACGUACACCGUAACUUGACUUGGACUUUGGACAACGAUAUCGAGGGAAUCAUCGAACUCACAUUUUCGGUUGACGAUGAGAAGUUUGGCGAACGUCAAACAAUCGAUUUGAUACCCGGCGGUCGGGAUAUUGCCGUCACCAACGAGAACAAGGCACAGUAUAUUGAGUUGGUCACGGAGUGGAAGAUUGUCAAGCGUGUUGAGGAGCAGUUCAACGCAUUCAUGUCCGGCUUCAACGAGCUGAUCCCGGCAGAUCUGGUCAAUGUCUUCGACGAGCGUGAACUUGAGUUGCUUAUCGGCGGUAUUGCCGAUAUUGAUGUUGAGGAUUGGAAGAAGCACACAGACUACCGUGGAUACCAAGAACAGGACGAGGUCAUCCAGAAUUUCUGGAAGAUCGUUCGUACCUGGGAUGCGGAACAAAAGUCGCGUCUUCUCCAGUUCACUACUGGAACUUCACGUAUUCCUGUCAACGGUUUCAAGGAUCUUCAAGGUUCCGAUGGCCCACGACGGUUUACUAUCGAGAAGUCUGGUGACCCCGGUGCGCUGCCCAAGUCGCAUACUUGCUUCAACCGUCUGGACCUUCCUCCGUACAAAACGCACGAAGCCCUGGAACACAAGAUGACUAUCGCAGUGGAGGAAACUCUAGGAUUUGGACAGGAGUAG